AGAGAGAGAGAGAGAGAGGGGGGGGUGCGAAAGAGGGAUGUAGAGUAAUAUAAAGAUGGGCUCGCCGCGCCCGUGAGAUUCCUCUUCUCGCGCUUUCCCCUAUUUCAUGGCCUUGUGGCCCCUCCGCACCAUCGCACCCCAUCGCCUCCUCCUCCUCCCCCUCUCUCGCUCCCCCUCAUUCUCCUCCUCCUCCGCCACUCGCUCCCGCCCCGCUGUCGCCUCCGUCGCCGACGCCAUGGCCCAGCGCAUUGGCAAGUCCGUGCGCCGCCCCGGCGCCGCCUCCAAGGCCCGCGUCUACGCCGACAUCAACGUCCACCGCCCCAAGGAGUAUUGGGACUACGAAACCCUCGCCGUCCAAUGGGGGGAGCAAGAUGAUUACGAGGUGAUUCGCAAGGUUGGGAGGGGAAAGUAUAGCGAGGUGUUCGAGGGAGUACACAGCACCAACAACGAGAAGUGCAUUAUUAAGAUCCUUAAGCCUGUAAAGAAGAAAAAGAUUAAGAGGGAAAUUAAGAUACUGCAGAAUUUAUGUGGUGGGCCGAAUAUUGUGAAGCUACUUGAUAUUGUCAGAGACCCGCAGUCAAAGACACCCAGUCUGAUCUUUGAAUACAUCAAUAAUACCGAUUUCAAAGCACUUUAUCCUACUUUAUCAGACUAUGAUAUCCGCUAUUACAUUUAUGAAUUAUUAAAGGCACUAGAUUACUGUCACUCACAAGGAAUCAUGCAUCGAGAUGUGAAGCCUCAUAACGUUAUGAUUGAUCAUGAGCAGCGCAAACUUCGCCUCAUUGACUGGGGUCUUGCAGAAUUCUACCAUCCUGGAAAAGAAUAUAAUGUUCGAGUUGCUUCGAGAUACUUCAAGGGCCCAGAACUUCUUGUGGAUUUGCAAGAUUAUGAUUACUCAUUGGAUAUGUGGAGCCUUGGUUGUAUGUUUGCUGGGAUGAUAUUCCGAAAGGAGCCCUUCUUUUAUGGCCAUGACAAUUAUGACCAGUUGGUGAAAAUAGCUAAGGUUCUUGGGACAGAGGACUUGAAUGCUUAUCUAGCUAAAUACCGCUUAGAGCUAGACCCACAACUCGAGGCGAUGGUUGGGAGGCAUAGCAGGAAGCCAUGGGCCAAGUUCGUUAAUGCUGAUAAUCAGAAUCUUGCACUUCCUGAGGCGAUUGACUUUGUGGAUAGGCUUCUCCGGUAUGACCACCAGGAGAGGCCAACUGCAAAAGAAGCUAUGGCCCAUCCUUACUUUAAUUCUGUGAGAAAUGUUGAGAGCAGCAGGGGGCACGCGCACUAGCUUGAAUUUUGUGGGUGAGGUUUUUUCCCCCUUACUACUUUUCCUUUAUCUUCUUUUAUUGCUCCCGAUGCAUCAUCUAAUAUCAAGAGAAGGUAUGUUGUUAACUGUUGUCAGAUUUUACUUAAGUAAUAUUGUAAGUGUUUAUGUUCUCUAAUUUAGCUGUCAUCGAUCCAAAAUAAGGCUGAUUUCUAGCAUUGGUUGUAAUUCUUUUUAAAUUUGAAAAUGUUUUGUUCUUUCUAUGGGUGGACAAUCACAGUAACCUCAUAAAUGUGUUUCAAUUUUGUGAUAUGUCAUUUUCACCAA